CGCAUGCGCGUUACCAGGCGGGGUUGCAUGGGCAGCAGUAGUGAGCCGGGGGAGCGCACAGAUUGAUUGUUCACCUGCCCCUCUCUAGAGAAAAGAAGCAGCAGCCUGGGCGGAUCCUGUAGCACAGACAAGAGGGGCUCCAGUUGUUGGAAGGAGAGAAUGGGGCUGGGUGCAGGACGGGCAUAAAUAUCAUGGCACAUUGACGCGCUGUGGAGUCUAACUGGCUGAAUUCUGCCAUUUUGUACGUGUUUUGCUACUGCCUGACAUGAAGGGAUCUCAGCACACUCCAAUAUAUUUGGUGCUUUGCACCGUUCUUCUAGGAUCACCAGUAAUCACUGGGUUCUCUCUGCAUAAACUGAUGGUACGGGAGACAGAGGAUGGGCUGGAAACUGCUGAGCAUUUUGAUGGCUUAGAUGAAGAUAAUAAUCAGAGCUUCCAAGCUAAUGCACAGGAAUAUCAGCUGACAACACCAUCUACAGUGACCAAGGCUUCCCAGGGUAUAUCAGAUGGGGCUUCAAUAAAUAACACCUUUGGUGUAAAUGAACAACAUGGCAACCACAGCUUGUCUAAUAACAGCUUUGGGAAAGGUGAGAGCCCAGAGAUGAAUAGUUCUAGUCUUGCGGUUAUGCGCAGUCCCAGUGGGCAAGCAGAGACCUCGUAUGAAAAUGGAAUUCUCACCACAGCUGUUUCUACUAUAGAUUAUAUUAGUAAAGAGACUUCUCAGAGCAUGUCCACUGGACUAGAUAAAAGCUAUGAUGCAGAAGAAGAGGAUAAUAAAAAGAAAGACAAACCAAAAAGCUCAUUUCAGUUAAACACAAUGGAAAUGUUGACUACCAGUCCUAGGACAAGCAACAUUAAAACAACAGAUAGCCAGGCUAUUGUGUCUCUUUAUGAUAAUAAGCCAAUGGCAAUCUCUCCACUUAGCAGCGACUUAAAAAAUGAGAAUGGGUCAAAUACAGAGGCCAGCUCAGAAACUGAUGUCAAUUUAGAAAGCGCCUUAUCUGUAUACAGUAAUUUGGAAACUGUAACGCAAGUCAACCCAGAGAACAGAACUGCAGGAACGACUGUCCCACAGCAAAAUAAUGAAUGGGAUGAUACCAAAUUCUCCAAUUUUGCACCUUUAACAGUCACUGCGGACAAUACAUCAACGAAAGAUCAAAAUGUAACAACACCUAAGCCAGAAGCUCUAGUUGUUUCUUCGCCAACUUUUCCAGGCAUUGUUGCCCAGUCUGAAAAUAACACAGACCCUAAUGCAACACAGAGCGGUUCUGGUUUUAUGCCAGAAGAAAACCUACAAACUGAUUAUAGUGAACCGAACACAUCUGAGACUGUAAUGACCUCGAUUCAAGCAGGGAAAGCUAUGACUGAAGAGGAUAACAUUUCUACCAUCCUGCUGGACAGUACUGUUGCUACAAGACAAAUUCAAGAUUUUUCUCCUGCAACUGGAGAUGGCAAGGAGCAGGACACAGAACGCAGAGAAAACCCCAGUGGCACAACAGCCACUGCUUUUGUAAUUCAUUCUGAAACUGAAGAAACCAUCAUUGAGGGCUUUGACAGUGAAGGAGAGGAAACCGUCCCCCAGGAACCAGCACUGGAUUCUGUCACCCCACGCAUGGAAGUUGUGAAGACAAAACCUAAGGAUGGUGGCUCUCUGGAUAUUUCAGUUUCUACUAUUCUUCCAGCUGUGAUACCAGGAGAGGCAGAAAAAGUGACUCCAUCCAUAACCACACAGAUCAGCCAAGAGCAGGCCCCCUUCCCAAAGAGAAUCGAUGCCACAGAGUCCUACAGGCCUGGCAAACUUGAAUCAGAAGAGGGUGAUGAGCAGGAUGAAGAUGAAGAUGAUGAUGAUGAGGACGAUGAUGGAGAAGAAGAAGAAGAGGAGGAGGAAGAUAAAGACACCGAUUCAGCGGAUGAAAGUGUUGAAGGAGAUGCUGAUCUGCCUCCAUUCACCCUCCCAGGAAUAUCUUCCCAGGAGCCUGGAGAAGAUGAGAUUGGAAGAGGAGCAUAUCAUGUUCCAGAUGCUUUGGAAUGGGAACAGCAAAAACAAGGGCUCAUGAGAAGCUGGAUGGAAAAGCUGAAAGACAAGGCAGGAUACAUGUCUGGGAUGCUCGUACCAGUAGGAGUCGGCGUAGCCGGAGCACUUUUAAUCCUUGGAGCUCUGUACAGCAUAAAGAUCAUGAAUCGCCGCAGGAGAAAUGGCUUCAAACAGCAUAAAAGAAAGCAGAGAGAAUUUAACAGCAUGCAAGACAGAGUAAUGCUCUUAGCUGACAGCUCAGAAGAUGAAUUUUGAAUCGGACUGCUCAGACACUGGGAUAUUUAAAAACACUUUUGCAAAAGAGAAUGAAAUUCCUGCAAUCCCACUGCUAUCAGUCAGCUGUCUAACACCCUGUAGUGAUUACCGUGCAUUGGAAUCUAAGGCAUGCUGUCCUCUAAAUGAUGUUUGUUUUAUUACAACUGUGAAAUGACACGUGUAUACACUGCUCUUUGUGGAUAUGCAGAUUCCUUCUUGUGCAAAUGUGAUGCUUUAUAGGAAGUCUUUUUUCCCUAAUGAAUUACAUGGGUGUAGUCUAGUGAUCCAAAACCAGCAGCUCUGAACUAAAACUUCCAGCUUCUAAUAGUAAUAAUUACAGUUGUUCAGUAAGAGAGAGUUGCAUGUUGCAGAUCCUUGAGUCAUUUUACUGAACUGGAAAUAGAACAGUGACCCUUGAGAUAAUGUUAAACCAUCGCUCCAAUCAUCUCUCUGAUGGGAGUUGGAGUGCUGCUGCAGGUUAGUAACCCACAGUAUAUGGUGGGUAUUAGAAGCCUAGUAAAGAUUAUACAGACUGGGGAGUAGAAUCACCUUUAAGUCAGGUCUGGCAAAGAAUUCUGCUUUCCUUUUCUGGCUUCCCGCUGGCCUUCUUUUAAUGUAAUUUCUUUUUCUGUGGGUAAAGCUUGCUUGGAAUAGGUGCAGGUGGUGGGUCAUUGUAGGUAAAAAUGCAGGAUGAAGGUCUCUUGUAGUAUAAAAGAAGCAACACAGAAAUAGCCACAGACUAUAUUAUUAUUGGCAAAUUGAAUCAUGUAGUGUUGCUAUCCAUGGUGCACCAUCUGGCACAACACGGUAGUUCCUUCUUAUUGACAUCAUUGGCUGCAAGUAGUAUGUGUAACAUAACCAAUAUGGGCACAUAGUGUAGAAGACCAGUGCUUAAUGUUAUGUGUGGCUUAGUGUAGAUAGCAGGGUCCCAAUGAAGUCUCACAUUAAAUUGCUUCUGGGUUAGUGUAUUCAUUGGUUUAUCUGAGCCUAAAGGGGAUUGGGCCCAAACACUGUUCACCAUUAUAAUAUGUAAGGGGAGAAUCCUAGCUUGAUCACUAACUUCCAUGAAAAACGAGCCACAGUGAGGUUGCUUGGAAUUGUAGAGUAACAGCUGGUAUAAAGUAAAAAUGUCAAUACUAUAAUAUUGCACAUGCAACUAUGCAUUUUUGUGUGAAUAAAAUAUUCCUCUGGUAACUGUGUGGAGAAUGCAAAGAACAGUUUGUGCCCCUAUUAUUUAUCAAGCUUCUUUAAAGAUGAUAAGCAAUUACCCAAGAACAAAAUAAUCUGAUCAUGUGUUUGCAAUUUAGCGGCAUUCAGAAAUACAUGCUGCAUGGCAAAUUAAGGUGUAAACAACAAUAAGUAAGCACCAUAAGGGUCCUGAUACAAAGGCAUUUGAAUGUGAGUCUACUGAAAUUCAUGCUGAACUCCUCAAUACACAUAUAUUGCUUUUAUAUACUUUUGUUUUCAAUAUAAGUGCAGUCAGUUCAAUAUGCAUGUCAUAUUUGACUAUAUCCAGGCCAUGUAUCAAAUUAAUAGAAUGCAAAAUAUUGUGAUUUUUUUUUUUUUUUUUU